UUUCUACACCGGUUCUCGCUAACCGACUGGAAUUUAACACGGAACUAUUGACUGAGUGUGAGACUACUGGUUUCUGAUUGACAGGUUUUAAGUUCAGGUUUUAGCAGAUACGAAACUAGUUAACGUUACUUGUGUUGUGAUAAACCAGCACAAACUCUUUCUCAAUUGUAAAGUAAUUUAUUUGAGCUUUCUUCAGCCUGAUAAGAGUGCAUUUCUCCAUUCGGCCAUUAUGGAUCAAGUCGAUGUAGUUUCAGAAGAAAUAAAGAGCCCGUGGGGUACUGUAAAUGUGGCAGUGGCCACUUGUUCCCUGACAGAUGUGAUGAGUGAACAGCUGGCCAAGCAGCUACAGGAAGAAGGCAACUCCUUCCGCACCUGCCCUGAUGACUUGGACUUUGCUGGUAUUCAGCAGGAUACAGAUACAUCCAGUGACCUGAUGUUGGCUCAGAUGCUUCAGAUGGAGUUUGAUCGGGAGUUUGAUACACAGUUGCGCAGAGAAGAAAAGAAAUUUAAUGGAGAGAGCAAAGUGUCGAUUUCCUUCGAAAACUACCGCAUGGUUCACCCAUUUGAGGACAGUGACAGCUCUGAUGACGAAGUAGAUUGGCAGGACACACGCCAUGACCCUUAUCGCCUUGCAAAGCCAACCACCACACCAAAGAAGGGUUUUGCAGGGAAAGGCAAGAACAUUACUACUAAACAUGAUGAGGAGGUCUGUGGACGAAAAAACACAGCACGCAUGGAUAAUUUUGCUCCAGAGGUGCAUGUAGGCGAUGGGAUAAGCAUGGACCUGAAGUUGUCAAAUCAUGUGUACAAUGCUCUGAAAAGACAUUGUCAAACUGAGCAGAGACGCAGUGCCCGACUUCAUGAGAAAAAGGAGCACUCAACUGCCGAGCAAGCAGUGGACUCCAAGACCAGAUUGCUCAUGUACAAAAUGGUAAAUGCAGGAAUCCUGGAGAACAUUAAUGGAUGCAUCAGCACAGGGAAAGAGUCUGUGGUGUUUCAUGCUGAUGGAGGGAGCUUUGAGAAGAUGGUAAUUCCAGAGGAGUGUGUCCUCAAGGUCUUCAAGACUACAUUGAAUGAAUUCAAGAACCGGGACAAAUACAUUAAGGAUGAUUACCGUUUUAAAGACCGUUUCAGUAAGCUGAAUCCUCGUAAGAUCAUCCAUCUGUGGGCUGAAAAGGAGAUGCACAACCUGACCAGGAUGAAGAAAGCUGGGAUUCCCUGCCCAGAAGUGGUGAUUCUCAAGAAGCAUAUUCUUGUGAUGUCUUUUAUUGGUCAGAACCAAGUGCCAGCUCCUAAGUUAAAAGAUGCCAUGCUGACUUCUGAGGACCUGAAGAAGGCAUAUUACCAAGUACUGCAGAUGAUGCAGCAGCUGUUUCAACAGUGUAACCUUGUUCAUGCUGACCUGAGUGAAUAUAAUAUGCUCUGGCAUAAUGGACAGGUGUGGUUAAUUGAUGUGAGCCAGUCCGUUGAGCCAGCUCACCCUCAUGGUCUGGAGUUUCUAUCCCAGGACUGCAGGAAUGUAACCUCAUUUUUCCAGAAAGCUGGCGUAACCGAAGCUAUGAAUGUGUAUGAUCUCUUUAACACCGUGUCUGGACUGAAAAUCAGCAGUGACAGUGAGGCAGAUUUCUUGGCCCAGAUUCAGGAACUGGAGAAGAUGAAGGAGGACCAUGUCCAAAAGCGGAGCAAGAAAGCCUGUACCGAUGAGGAUACUUAUGAGGAUGGCCCACCCUUGUUAAAUGAGGAUGAUUAACAAUAAGAUAACAUCCAGAAAAGUCAGGUCAAAUCACAAGUUGAGAGGGGUAAAAUGGGAGGAUGUUUGAGUGCAUUACGCAGCAAUUUUUGCUGACUAGGAUCUAAGACACCAAUCUUUACCCACCACCUUUUGGUGGAUUGCUUAAAAUAGCAAAUAAAUGAUGUAUUAAUAGGCUAUAUCAGCAGUAUUUAGUACAAGGCAUCAUCAAAUCUGCCAUUUGAGCACAACCUGUUCUUGAUCAGUGUUGCAAUAUGAGCUAAUACUGGCACAGAAUAACAUACAUACAAAUUAGUAAAUAUGGCAUGGUGUCAUUUCUCUCUCUACAUAAAAUACCAGUUAGCAUGGAUUGAAUGCUUAUUUAAAGCAUUUGGUCUGUGCUGAAGAGGCUUGAUGUGUUGAUGGAUCUGAUUUUUGUGGCUUUAUUUUAAAUGCUGGGUUCAAUGUGUGAGCUCUAUGCUGGGUUCAUGUGAUCUUUUAAAACUCAUGGAGAAAAAUAAAAGCUGAAAUUGGUUGAUAAAA